GCCUGCUGUGUUCAUCCAGCCUCACAUUUUAUUAUCUUGGAAUUCUCCAGCAUCUGCAGUUCCCAUUAUCUCUGAUACUACAUUAACAAAGUUGCUUGAUUACAUCAAAAAUCUACACAGAUUUUGUUUGUUUAAAAAGAAAAGUUGUUUCAACAGAAAAGAUCCAGAAGUGUUCAGUGAAAAAUUGCUCAUCCAUUCACUAUUCAGAUCUCCAUUUGUCGCCAAACAUUUAGAUAGCUGAACUCUGAAUUAAGGAUACAACAUGUCGAAGAAUUGAGGUUCCUACCUCCUCUCCUCCCCUCAGCCUGCCUGUGGUGUCUUUCAAAUCUCCUGUGAAGGUUUUGAAGAAAAACCUACUCCCAGUACAUCUGAAGGGUGAUCUAUUUUAUAAAAACAGUUGACCAAGAAUGAAAUAGAGGCAGAACUGCAAUCUUUUCUUUGCUGUUAUUCCGGUUGGUAUUGCUGAGCUUAUACAAAAGAGGUCUGCAGGCCAAUGUCCACUGUAGGAGUUGAGGAGCUCCAAUAUUUGCCAGAGAGACAGACAUGUGCACCUCUCAGCUGGUGACUUAAUUCAUGCCCAGUGUGUCGUUAAGCCGGCUACUUUGCCCACCGCUGACAAUACAGUAUAAUGGUGCAGAAGAGACUUCAGCUUUCCUCCUGAACUCCCCUCCACUUUGCGAAGAAUGUCAUGUCUCAGGCCAAGGCCAGUUGACUUGGGACAUUCAGCCCUGUAUGUAGAGACACGAUCUGAAGUUCUUCUAUAUUUGGGCCAGGAGCUCUUUGUUUGAGAUAUUUUUAGACUUUGCAACAAAUAUAAAAUGUUGAAGAAAUGAAUCUGUUACAUCCUUCUAUCUGUCUCUCUCUCUCUCUUUACUACCACACUCCAGUCUCACGGUCUUAUCCUGUAAACUAUCAUUCAGGGUUUUGGGGAGACCAAUCAUCAUAUUCUGUAGUUGCGUCUUGACCCGUUGUUAGAAAAUUAGCUCUCAAUGGCACGAAAUGCCGACUCAAUGUCUUUCAGGUGUAUGGAGAUAAUUUUCUUGUGGAUGUGGAUGUUUGCUCAAAUUUACUUGAUAACACUUUUAGGACCAUUUGCAGAUCACCUGACGGUGCAAACUACAAGGUAGAUGGGAAACCAUGCACUCUAAAAUCUGUCAUGAAAGAGUAAAUUUGAAUACAAUAUGUGGUUAAGGUUUGCUUUAUUCAGAGUACAAGGAAUACAAAGGAAACUACCGAUGAGCUAAGAAUUACUGGGUACAAGUGUUUGUUUAAAAUGACAUUCUUCACAACUAAUUUCAGCAGCGGAAACAAUGAUAACAUUCCGAGCUGUGAGGAGCUUGAAAAUGCAAUUCCUCUAGAGACAGUUGCAGAGAUCAAAAAGUAAGUAUUGAUCCAAUGUGUGAGGAAAUGAUGCUUUAAUCAGAAUACAACUAUGUGAAGGGCAACCGCUGGAGGCCGCCAUUUUCAGGAACAUUAUUUAGAGACUUUCUCCUGAAACGUAGCAGCAUCUGUGGAGAGAAAGCAGAGUGGGCAAUUUGAGUUGAGGUUCUCCUGUUCAGAACUUCGCAUCUCUGAAGACGUGUCGCUUGGCUCAACUUGAACUCUGUUUUCUGUCUGUAGAUGCUGCAAAACCUGUUGAGUUUCUCCAGCAAUGUCUGCUUUUCUUUCAGCUUUUCGGCUUCUGUAGUUUGUUCUUUUACAUAAAAGAAACAGUUGGCUGUUGUUCUAAUAUUUGCUCUGUUCUUAGUGUUGUAAAAAGAAAUUUUAGAUGGAAGAUUGUGGUUCAUGCUGCAGGCCUUCUGCUGGAACUGCAACCUGGAGGCCUUGGCGGAUUCCAGCGGUGACCAAUAAAGAGAUUAUUGCUGGGUUACUCACCAGUUGACGGUUUGGCUCAGUUUUGACAGCUGCUAGUCCAGUGAAAGGGAUGGCAGAUCAGCACCUUUCUCAGCCCUACUGUUAAUGCUGAUUGUCACUGAGGUUGUUUAAGUGGGCGCCAUCAGGGAAAUGAGGGAGGCAGUCCUUAGAUGUCAGGGAGAGCCCAGGUGAAAAAGAGAACUGGCCCAUCUCACAUAGCUUUGCAAUGUGUAGGUGGUAAACUCCCUCCCUGCCAUUUUCCUAAUCCUCCCACCUCCAAUUUAAUUGUCAGCGAAUGAUUGGCCAUGCAUUAACACACAGUCUUUAAUGGAAUAUUUCUUUUCCAAACAUUGGACUGUGCACUGCCGGUAAAUAUACUGAAAAACUUGACUCUCUAACUCUGUUUGCAGUGUUAUUACAUGUCCCACCUCCCCGCAUCGCCCAAAAAAAUCCAGACCAUUGUGCUUUGAGAACUUGUGUGAAAGUUGAAAUUCCUUCUUCCUUGCAACUCCCCCAGCUUCUCUUCCAGACUCAACUCCUGUCACUUGCAAACCACCUGUUAGAGCUUGGAAGGGAAAAACAAAUCUCGAUCUAUUGUAGUUACAUACAUCAGAAAUGUUGCCUGUUUAACAAAUCCAGUUGAAUAGGACUUGAAAACUUGAGAGGGCUUGUCAUCUGAAGAGUGGUUGAGGGUUUUGGUUCAGUUUGGGAUGGAGUUUAGAAGGAUGGGAGGGAAUUUCAUUGGCACUUACAGAAUACUGAGAGGCCUGGAAGGAUUGUACAUGGAACAGAGAAGAUGUUUCCACUAGGAGGAGAGAUUAGGACAUGCGGGCACAGUCGCGGAGUGAAGAGGCCAACCUUUAGAACUAAGGUAAGAAAGAAUUUCUUCAAUCAGCGAGUGGUUAAUCUGAGGAAAACAUUGCAGGAAGCCGACGUCAUUAGGACUAUUUAAGAUAGAGAGAGAGAUGGGUUCUUGAUUAAUAAGGGGAUCAAGGGUUUCAGAAGAAGGCUGGCGAUUGGGCUUCAGAAACAUCACAGCCAGAAUUGAAUGGCAAAGCAGACUGAGGAGGUCGAAUGAGCUAAUUCUGCCCCUAUAUCUUAUGGUCUUAUGGAUUUGACACUAAAUAUUUCAUUGGUCCUUUUGUGAUGAAGCCACUUCUGGGUGCAAGUGCUUGUUUAAAAUGUCUUUAAUUUUUGCCUUAUAUAGUCAGGAAGGCAAAUGCAAUGUUGGCAUUUAUUGUGAAAAGACAUGAAUCUAAAAACAGGGCUGUACCUCUGAGGCUUUAUAAGGCUCUGGUCUGGCCAUACUUGGAGUACUGCGUGCAGAGUUGUGUCCCAUAUCUCAGGAAGGAUGUAAUGUCCCUGGAACGGGUUCAGAGGAGGUUCAUGAGAAUGGUCCAGGGAAUGGAAACCUUAAAAUAUGAGGAACGGUUGAUGACUCUGAGACUAUACUCAUUGGAGUUUAGAAGGAUGAGGGGUGAUCUAAUUGAAACUUUCAGAACACUGAAUGGCCUGGACAGAAUGGUUGUUGGGAAGAUGCUUCCAUUGGUAGGAGAGAUGAGGCCCCGAGGGCACAGCCUUAGAAUGAAGACAAGACCUUUUAAAUUGGAGAUUUGCAGAAACUUCUUCAGCCAGAGAGUUUUGAAUCUGUGAAAUUCACUGCCACAGAAGGCUGCGGAGGCCAGGAAAUUUAAAACUGAGACAGAUAGGUUCCUGAUUAUCACGGGGAUUAAGGGCUAUGGGGAGAGAGCAGGAGAAUGGUGUUGAGGAACUUAUCAGCCAUGUCUAAAUGGCAGAACAGACUCAAUGGGCCGAAUGGCCUACUUUCUGCACCUAUGUCUUACGGUUUUGUGGUCUUAAAUAACUGCAGGUCUAAAACCUUUGACAGCCCAAACUCUGAGAAAGAUGAAGAACCAAGUUCACCAAAAGAGACAGCAACAAUUUCAAAUUCUGGAAAUGUUGACAGUGCAAAUGGUGAGGAAAAUGGAAGUUGUGGUUCUUCAGGAUCCAGCGAAAUAAUUGCUGAAUAUGGAAGCUUUGACACCUCAGAGGCAGAAGAGAUUCCAGUAAUCGAUUCAGUGAGCACAAACGGCGGGAACAAUGCUAACAUUCCGAGCUGUGAGGAGCUUGAAAAUCCACUUCCUCCAGAGACAGUUGCAGAGAUCAGAAAGUCCAAAACCUUUGACAGCCCAACCUCUGAUAAAGUUGAAGAACCAAGUUCACCAAAAGCAACUGCAGAAAUUUCAAAUUGUAGUUCUGGAAAUGUUGACAGUGCAAAUGGUGAGGAAAAUGGAAGUUGUGGUUCUUCAGGAUCCAGCGAAAUAAUUGCUAACUGUGAAAGUGUUGAGUCUGAACACUGUCCGAAUUCUGAUGAAAUUCAGAAUUUAAGUUCACCAGAAAAGGGAGCGACAGUCAAGAAAAGCAUAGACUUCAACAAUUCAAGCUUUCUAGAAGAAUAUAAUUUCAGUCCUGCAGAAAAGGAAACACUAAUGAAAAUUGCUAUUCCUGAAAUUCUCGAAAUCUGGCUGGAGGAGUCUGCCGAAGACUUUCGUCAAGUUCCAACUUACUCUUGUCUGCGGAAGGUACUUUCCUACUUGAACCAGACAGUGCCGGGGUCAGAUGCUGAACAUCGGGCCCAGAAACUCCUGAGUCGGUUUUUGGCGGAGGAAACAGCGGAGAAAGAGAUGUUCAAAGGCUACCGUAGAAGAGUCAGAUUCUAUGUGGGAGAAGAACACGACCAAACCAUUGAACAAGUUGACGAAAAGCUCCUGUCCUACCCAUCACGCUUCAUUGCAGAGCAGCUGACUUUUAUGGAUGCUGAUCUUUUUUGGAAACUUGUGCCCAGCCAAUGUUUAGGGUCCAUCUGGUCUCAACGAGGGAAGGAAGAAAAACAGCAUCUGGUAUCAACCGUCCAGGCCACCAUGACACAGUUCAAUAAUGUUACAAAAUGUGUCACCAGCACCAUAUUAAGACCUCAACAGUUGAAACCAUGGCAGACGGCUAAAAUCAUUGAGAAAUGGAUUGAUGUUGCCCAGGAAUGUCGGAUCUUGCAGAAUUUCUCGUCAGUGCAUGCUAUUACCACUGCAUUGCAAUCAAAUAGUGUGUUCAAUUUGAAGAAGACUUGGGCAGCCGUGUCAAAGAGCAGUAAGAUAACAUUUGAAGACCUUUCAAACAAUGAAGAAGAUAACUUUAUAGCAAGUAGAGAGCUGCUAAUGGAGAAUGGCUUGAUCAACUUUGACAAGAGACAAAAACUCCUCUGAACUCGAGAAACCGCCAAAGCCCAAAAAGAGUGUGUUUAAACGCCUCAGCUGCCUGUUUUCAAAGAGAGGUGUUAAAAUACAAAACACUCAAACUAAAAGCUCUGAGC